AUGGUGAAGUUCACGGCUGAAGAGCUCCGUGCCAUUAUGGACAAAAAGAACAACAUUCGUAACAUGUCUGUUAUUGCUCAUGUGGACCAUGGCAAGUCUACGCUUACAGAUUCCCUUGUGGCAGCUGCUGGGAUUAUUGCCCAGGAAGUUGCUGGCGAUGUUCGCAUGACUGAUACGCGCGCAGACGAAGCAGAGCGUGGUAUUACAAUCAAAUCUACCGGUAUCUCUCUUUACUAUGAGAUGACUGAUGAGUCACUGAAGAACUACAAGGGUGAGAGAGAUGGUAACCAAUACCUGAUCAACCUUAUUGACUCGCCUGGGCACGUUGAUUUUUCUUCGGAAGUCACAGCUGCUCUUCGCAUCACCGAUGGUGCUCUGGUGGUGGUUGACUGUAUUGAAGGUGUCUGUGUGCAAACUGAAACUGUGCUUCGCCAAGCCCUUGGUGAGAGGAUUAGGCCAGUUCUUACCGUGAACAAGAUGGACAGGUGCUUCCUUGAGCUUCAGGUUGAGGGCGAGGAAGCUUAUCAGACUUUCUCCCGUGUCAUUGAGAAUGCCAAUGUCAUCAUGGCAACAUAUGAAGAUAAGCUCCUUGGUGAUGUCCAAGUCUACCCAGAGAAGGGGACUGUUGCUUUUUCUGCUGGCCUGCACGGAUGGGCCUUUACCCUCACUAACUUUGCCAAGAUGUAUGCAUCUAAGUUUGGAGUUGAUGAAGCUAAGAUGAUGGAGAGGCUUUGGGGUGAGAACUUCUUUGACCCUGCCACCAAGAAGUGGACCACCAAGAACACAGGCUCUCCUACCUGCAAGAGAGGAUUUGUUCAGUUCUGCUAUGAGCCAAUCAAGCAAAUCAUCAAGACCUGCAUGAACGACCAGAAGGAGAAAUUGUGGCCCAUGCUGCAAAAGCUCAAUGUUACCAUGAAGGCUGAUGAGAAGGAAUUGAUUGGCAAAGCUUUGAUGAAGCGUGUUAUGCAAACGUGGCUACCAGCUAGCACUGCACUGCUCGAGAUGAUGAUAUUCCACCUUCCUUCCCCGGCAAAGGCUCAGAGGUAUCGUGUGGAGAACUUGUAUGAGGGACCCCUUGAUGAUGUCUAUGCAACUGCUAUCAGAAACUGUGAUCCGGAGGGUCCUCUUAUGCUGUACGUUUCGAAGAUGAUCCCAGCAUCUGACAAGGGCAGGUUCUUUGCCUUCGGUCGUGUCUUCUCAGGGAAGGUGGCUACUGGUAUGAAGGUUCGGAUCAUGGGUCCCAACUAUGUCCCUGGCCAGAAGAAGGAUCUGUAUGUCAAGAGUGUCCAGCGUACCGUUAUCUGGAUGGGAAAGAAACAAGAGUCGGUUGAGGAUGUUCCUUGUGGUAACACUGUUGCUAUGGUUGGUCUGGAUCAGUUCAUCACGAAGAAUGCUACACUCACUAAUGAGAAGGAGGUUGAUGCAUGCCCAAUCAGAGCAAUGAAGUUCUCUGUCUCUCCUGUUGUGCGUGUUGCUGUUCAGUGCAAGGUUGCCUCUGACCUUCCCAAGCUAGUCGAAGGUUUGAAGCGUCUGGCGAAGUCCGAUCCUAUGGUUCUCUGUACAAUGGAAGAGUCUGGUGAGCAUAUCAUUGCUGGAGCUGGUGAGCUUCAUCUCGAGAUUUGCCUGAAGGAUCUGCAGGAGGACUUCAUGGGUGGUGCUGAAAUUAUUGUUUCCCCUCCUGUUGUGUCCUUCCGUGAAACCGUUCUUGAGAAGUCCUGCCGUACUGUCAUGAGCAAGUCUCCCAACAAGCACAACCGUCUGUACAUGGAGGCGCGCCCCUUGGAGGAGGGUCUUGCUGAGGCCAUCGAUGAGGGCCGCAUUGGCCCACGUGAUGAUCCUAAGGUGCGCUCCCAGAUCCUCUCUCAGGAGUUUGGGUGGGACAAGGAUCUCGCCAAGAAGAUUUGGUGCUUUGGACCUGAGACCACCGGCCCAAACAUGGUUGUUGAUAUGUGUAAGGGAGUGCAGUAUCUCAAUGAAAUCAAGGAUUCUGUCGUGGCUGGUUUCCAGUGGGCAUCAAAGGAGGGUGCACUGGCUGAGGAGAACAUGCGCGGAAUUUGCUUUGAGGUCUGUGAUGUCGUUCUUCAUGCUGAUGCUAUCCACAGGGGUGGUGGCCAGGUCAUUCCCACUGCCAGGAGGGUCAUCUAUGCUUCUCAGCUCACGGCCAAGCCAAGGCUGCUGGAGCCAGUGUACCUGGUGGAGAUUCAGGCCCCAGAAAAUGCACUUGGUGGUAUCUACGGUGUUCUGAACCAGAAGAGAGGCCAUGUCUUCGAGGAGAUGCAGAGGCCGGGUACCCCGCUCUACAACAUCAAGGCUUACCUCCCUGUCAUCGAGUCCUUUGGGUUCUCCAGCCAACUGAGGGCUGCAACCUCUGGUCAGGCGUUCCCCCAGUGUGUCUUUGACCACUGGGACAUGAUGGGCUCUGAUCCUUUGGAGGCUGGCUCCCAGGCUGCUCAGCUGGUGCUGGAUAUCCGCAAGAGGAAGGGUCUCAAGGAACAGAUGACCCCUCUUUCUGAGUUUGAGGACAAGCUCUAA